AUGGAUACUUCCGCAAAGAGGAAGCACGAUGCUUCUAACGGGUCUCGGGGACCUCCCCACAAAAGAAGCAGGGGAGGCGGUGCAGGCAAAUGGCAGACGCCGCAUCACAAGGCCAGGAUAGAGGCGAUGAAGGGCAGGUCUUUGGAGGUUGGCGAUACGGGGGUCUGGGUGACCUGCGUGAGACACAAGGAGAUGCAAGCAAUCGAUGAGAUGGUUGCCAUUUUCCACGAGUAUGGGGACAAGCUUUACGGCAUCAAAUCUCAGGAGUCAGGCGAAGCUGUAGAUGAGGAGGAGGUCGAGGACAUCGAGUCAUCCAUCAAGAACGAGCUCGAAGGAAUGACACCGGCCAACAAGCCCAAGCAUGCAGCAUUCGAGCCGAUGCGCACGAACCUUGAUUGCUUGCUCUUCAUGAAAACGCGGGAGCCUGUUGACCCUAUCCACGUAGUCCGAGAGAUAUGCAAGGACGCUGCGGCCACUACAAGCAAGACACAGUGGCGUUCGAGAUUCAUCAACAAGUUUACCCCAAUCACAUACACGGGCAAGGCUACCGAGAAGGGAGUCGAUGAGGUUGCGAAACGAGUCCUUCGCGAUCACUUCCAACUGAAAGGGGACGAGGGUGACCAAGCACCCGGCAAAGAAGGCGCAGCAUAUUCGUAUGCUAUUCGCCCAUCGUUCCGAGCACACAACACCCUCAAGCGUACCGACGUCAUAACCCAGGUCGCGGAGCUCAUUGCGCCGGAGCAUAAGGUCAACCUAACAACACCAGACAAGGUCAUCCUCAUCGACAUAUACCAGACUUUUUGCGGCAUGAGUGUCGUCAAUGGAGACUGGGAUGCUAUGAAGAGAUACAACCUGCACGAACUGUAUCUGUCUGCAGCCAAGUCGGAGGACAACCCUGAAGAAGCGAAAGGUGAGCCUCUAGAGAAGCUUCAGGAGACUGCCGAGGAGACACCCAAGGAGAAAACCCAGGAAGAGCCUCAGGAGGAUCCGGCGGGGACGGAAGACGCCACAACUUAG